GGCUUGCUGGCGUGUACGGGAGCUGCGCGGGGUCAGUCUCGGUCUUUCUUUGAGCUCGAUCCGUGAAGGCGGCGGAAGGGGCCCGCGAUGGCUCCCAAGGGCGGCAGCAGCAGUAGCGGCAGCAGUAGCGGCGGGGCUCGGCAGCAGUCGGAGGAGGAGCUGCUCCUGCAAGACUUCAGCCGCAACCUCUCGGCCAAGUCUUCGGCGCUCUUCUUCGGCAACGCGUUCAUCGUGUCCGCCAUCCCUAUCUGGCUGUACUGGAGGAUAUGGCACAUGGAUCUUGUUCAGUCUGCAGUCCUCUACAGUGUAAUGACCCUUGUCAGUACAUAUCUGGUUGCUUUUGCCUACAAGAACGUAAAGUUUGUUCUUAAACACAAAGUAGCCCAGAAGAGGGAAGAUGCUGUUUCCAAAGAAGUCACUCGCAAGCUUUCUGAAGCAGACAAUAGGAAGAUGUCGCGUAAGGAGAAGGAUGAGAGAAUUUUGUGGAAGAAGAAUGAAGUGGCAGACUACGAAGCAACAACAUUCUCUAUCUUCUACAACAACACACUCUUCCUGGUCUUAAUCAUUGUUGCCUCCUUUUUUGUGCUGAAGAACUUCAAUCCCACAGUAAACUACAUCCUCUCCAUCAGCACUUCUUCUGGAUUGAUUGCUUUACUAUCUACCGGCUCAAAAUAGGAGGAAUCAUUUAGGGGGAUGUUUACUCUAGUCACAUUCAACUGUAUGGAUAGGAAGGGGUUGCCUUUUUUCUAUAACUUGAAAAUGUUUUUUUUUUUUACAAAAGAUGGGAUGGAGAUAGAGAUUACAGUUCCUUUGUAAAAUAACAUAGCUGAAAUGAGUACAUCAUGUAUUCCAAUUUAGGCCCAUAAAACAAUCCAAAAUAUUUUUGGCAGUUAAAACCUCUGUGGAAUGUUGGGUUCCAAAAAUAUCAGUUGUGAGGCACACAGAAAGUGGCUGCAGUUCUGUAAGGGAAAUAUUUGUCACGCAUCUUUUGUCCCCUUUAUCUGUCAGUGAGACAAGCGUUGGUGGCUGCAAAAGUGAGUAUGUCCCUUAGCAUUUUGUAUCCAUGUUUGAAUAAAAGCUUUUAAAAAGA